AUGUCUCAGUGGUUGCCAUCUUCUAGGAGACUUGAAGGUUUUGUUGAAAAUGUUCUUAAUACCGAAAGAACUCGUCGGUACGGCGCCGUUAAUGACGUCGCCGGCAAUUCAUUUGUGGCCUCUGAGGUUCCAGACGGCUGCAUUCCCAUUCACUUGAAUCUUGUGGCAAGGCAUGGAACUCGUUUUCCGACGGAGAAAAGGAUGAAGGAGUUGGACAAUCUGGCGCUUCGUCUGGCUUCGUUGGUUAAGGAAGCAGAAGAGCAGAAACAGCCUUUGGAAAAGGUUCCUGAAUGGUUAAAGGAAUGGGAAUCGCCUUGGAAGGGGAAACGAAACGAUGGACAAUUGACUGUCCAAGGGGAGGAGGAGCUCUAUGAGCUGGGAGUUGGGACUAGAGAAAGGUUUCAGAGUCUGUUUGACGAAGAUUACCAUCCAAAUGUUUAUCCCAUCAAGUCUUCUCAGAUCCCUCGGGCGUCAGCCAGUGCGGUGGCAUUCGGCAUGGGGUUGUUCAGUGGCAAAGGAAAUCUUGGGCCAGGAAAACAUCAAGCUUUUGCUGUAACCAGUGAAAGCCAGGCAAAUGAUAUAGUGCUGAGGUUUCAUGAUUGUUGCGAUAACUACAAGAUUCAUGUAUGCAGAGCUAUCGGAACAGUCAAGAGCCAUCUGUCGAUAAGCUUAAGGAACCAGUCUUUGGAGGCAUCCUUAUUGAAUAUAACUAAUCAAGCUUGUGCGCUUUUCAGCCCCUCUGAGGGUUGUGAUGGUUCCAACCUUUGUCCACUUGAUGUUUUCAAGGAAAAAGUAGUUGCUCCUCACUUGAAGCAUGACUACAAUGCAGUUUGCAAUAUAAAAGGACAGCAAGAGCAGAAGCCUGCAACCAGUAAGGGGAAUGAUGCUAGCUGCAGUGAAUUGUAGUUUGUCUUUCAAGUGAGGUAGGAAAGUUUGUGGCACUCCCCUUUUCUACUGCUGCAACUAGGGCUUUAUCAGCUCGCAUUAGCAGCCAUCUUCUGGUAGACUUAAAACGUUUUGUGGAAACUGUUGCUAAAUACCGAAACAACUCGUCUUUGUCCCGAUACAGAAGUCUCUGCGUUCUGAAUUAACCCAGCUGGCGAUAGAGUUGAGAGGUCUAUAUCAUCAGCAUCUUGUAGCUUUGCCUGUAACACAACUGCUUAGCCACCUUGCUGUUCUAACGCGUUUUUGGAGUGAUGGAUCCUAACACAAACUUUGUAGUUCCUAAGUAGAUAGUUCUGUUCGUAUGUUCACAAAAACAAACAAAUACUCA